UUUCGCCACAAGAGUGAUAACCAGGUGAACAGCCGACAUUCCCAAGUGCUCAUCAACGGGAUCCUCGAGAAAGAGCAAUGGAUGAAUGUCCGCGUUGGUGAUAUCAUAAAAUUAGAAAAUAACCAAUUUGUUGCGGGAGACCAAUAUGAAAGUCCGACAGUCUAUCCCGGUGACAUCUGAAUUGAUUGACACCAACAACCUGGCACACUUUGAUGGAGAGGUGGUUUGCGAGCCACCUAACAACAAACUCGACAAAUUCGGCGGGACGCUUUACUGGAAAGACAGCAAAUACCCCCUCAGCAAUCAAAACAUGUUGCUGCGAGGUUGCGUCCUUCGUAACACCGAGUGGUGCUUCGGCCUGGUCAUCUUCGCAGGGCCCGACACCAAAUUAAUGCAAAACAGCGGGCGCACGAAAUUCAAGAGGACUAGCAUCGACCGUCUGAUGAAUACUUUGGUACUUUGGAUUUUCGGGUUCCUGGUCUGCAUGGGGGUGAUCCUGGCCAUCGGCAACUCCAUUUGGGAGUACGAAGUGGGAGUCUGCUUCCAGAUUUAUCUGCCGUGGGACAAAGUGGUGGACAACGCCUUUCUGUCGGGGUUCCUGGCCUUCUGGUCUUACAUCAUCAUCCUCAACACCGUCGUUCCCAUCUCUCUCUACGUCAGCGUGGAGGUCAUCCGUUUGGGCCACAGCUACUUCAUCAACUGGGACAAGAAAAUGUACUGCGCCAAACGGUGCACGCCAGCCGAGGCCCGGACCACGACGUUAAACGAGGAACUGGGCCAGGUGGAAUAUAUCUUUUCGGACAAAACGGGGACCCUCACGCAGAACAUCAUGGUCUUCAGCAAGUGCUCCAUCAACGGGCGCAGCUACGGAGACGCUCUGGAUGAUCUUGGAUACAAGGCUGAACUCGGAAAGAAAAUGGAUCCGGUGGAUUUUUCCUUCAACCCGCUGGCCGAUCCCACGUUUACCUUCUGGGACACCGGACUUUUGGAAGCGGUCAAGCUGGGUGACCUUCACGUCCACGAGUUUUUCCGGCUCCUCUCCCUCUGCCACACCGUCAUGUCUGAAGAAAAGUGCCCAGCCGGAGAAUUGUACUACAAAGCCCAGUCUCCGGACGAGGGGGCCUUGGUGACUGCCGCCCGCAAUUUUGGCUUUGUGUUCCGUGGCCGCAGCCCGAAAACCAUCACGGUGCAAGAACUGGGACGGCCGGUCACUUACCAGCUUCUGGCCAUUUUGGACUUCAACAACGUGCGCAAACGAAUGUCCGUCAUUGUGAGGAAUCCUGAAGGGCAGAUACGCCUUUACUCCAAGGGGGCCGAUAUCAUCCUGUUGGAGAGGCUUUUCCCCGGCAAUCAAGAACUCUACAACGUCACUACCGACCAUCUCAACGAAUAUGCGGGCGAGGGUCUCCGGACCUUGGUGCUGGCCUAUCGGGACCUGGAGGAGAAAUAUUUCGCCGGCUGGGCUGAGCGGCUGGCGGAAGCCUCGCUUAACGGCGAGGGCCGCGAGGAGCGGAUCGCUCGGCUUUACGAGGAGGUGGAAAACGACCUGGUGCUGCUGGGAGCCACGGCCAUUGAGGAUAAACUGCAGCAGGGAGUUCCGGAGACUUUGGCUCUUCUCAGCUUGGCCAACAUUAAGAUUUGGGUUUUGACGGGGGACAAACAAGAGACGGCGGUCAAUAUCGGUUACUCCUGCAAGAUGCUGACGGACGAAAUGACGGAGGUCUUUGUCAUCGCGGGACACACCGUCUUCGAGGUUCGGCAGGAGCUGCGGAAGGCCCGGGAGAAGCUGGUGGAGGCCUCGCAGUCGAUGGGCAACGGGUUCGCCUUCCAGGAGAAGCUCUCCGCCUCCAAGCUCACCUCCGUCCUGGAGGCCGUGGCCGGAGAAUUCGCCUUGGUCAUCAACGGACACAGCCUGGCCCACGCGCUGGAGGCCGACAUGGAGCUGGAGUUCCUGGAGACCGCCUGUGCUUGUAAAGCGGUCAUUUGCUGCCGGGUCACCCCCCUGCAGAAGGCCCAAGUGGUGGAGCUGGUCAAGAAGUAUAAGAAGGCUGUGACUUUGGCCAUCGGCGAUGGCGCGAACGACGUCAGCAUGAUCAAGA